AAAAGAGGAAAGUUGAAAACUUUUUGUAUUGGUAUGGUCUCUUUGUGAAUUCUCAAGCCAAACAGGCGCUCCACUUUCACCCCCUUACAAUCUAAAAAACAUGGAAGAAGAAUUUAGGGUUUGACAACACCAAGUCCAACAAGGUUUUUAAGCUCUUGGAGUUCAUGGAGGAGGUUGAGGAAGCUAACAAGGCAGCUGUGCAGAGCUGUCAUAGAGUUUUGACACUAUUGGCCCAGCCCCAAGAUAAGGUUCAGUAUAGGAAUUUGAUGGUAGAAACUGGGGAGGCAGUUUCCAGGUUCAAAAGAGUGGUUUCUCUUCUAAAUACUGGUUCAGGUCAUGCUAGAGUGAGAAAGCUAAGGAGGUUACAAACUGCUGUCCCUCAAAGCAUUCUCUUAGAUAGUCCGCACCAUUCAACAACAUAUUAUUCUAAGAAUCCGCAGCUUCUCCGACCUUCUUAUCCUGAAACAUCGGCUAAAGAAUUGAGUUCACAUGCUAAGAAUUUUCUCCGUUUGGGGAAUCCAUCUUUGGAGUUGAGCUCAAAUGGAAAAAAUCCUCUUCAACUUGCUCAGCAAACGCCAUUACCCCAUCAUCAUUUCCUCCAGCAACAGCAGCAAUACCUGCUACGACAGAAGUUGCAAUUUCAGCAGCAGCAGCAGCAACUGAAACAACAACAACAACAACAACAACAACAACAACAAAUUAGACAUCAAGCUGAAUCGAUGUUUUGCAAGAGCAAUAGCGGCAUUAACCUGAAUUUUGAUAGCUCGAGCUGCACACCUACCAUGUCAUCUACUAGGUCAUUCAUUUCUUCACUGAGCGUAGAUGGUAGUGUGGCUAACUUGGAUGGAGGUGCCUUCCAUUUGAUUGGAGCACCUCGCUCCUCAGAUCAGAGUUCACAACACAAGAAGAAGUGUUCUGGGAGGGGAGAAGACGGGAGUGUCAAAUGUGGAAGUAGCAGUAGAUGUCACUGCUCACGGAAAAGGAAACACAGGGUGAAGAGAUUAAUCAAGGUUCCUGCUAUUAGUAACAAGCUUGCUGAUAUUCCUCCUGAUGAUUAUUCGUGGAGGAAGUAUGGACAGAAGCCAAUCAAGGGUUCUCCUCACCCAAGGGGAUACUAUAAAUGUAGCAGCAUGAGAGGUUGUCCUGCAAGGAAGCAUGUAGAGAGGUGCUUGGAAGAUCCAUCUAUGCUUAGUGUAACCUAUGAAGGUGAGCAUAAUCACCCUAAGAUACCUUUACAGUCAGCAAAUACAUAGAUCUCACUGGAAGCUCAGAAGACCACUUCAAGCCCUGUAGUGUUGUCAUCAUAUUUGUGGUCGGCUUCAGUUGCUCCUGUACAUAUUUUUCAUGUUUCAAGCAUGGGAUAUAGAUUGGAGCAGUUUUUUUUCCAUUUUGGCUUUGGAGAGUUGGCUUUCCAAGCUCUUUUUAACGAUUUGGCAGCAGGCAUGAAGUCUGGCACUGAACCAAAGAAAAAUGUAAAAAUGGGGUGUCAAAUUGUAAGAACUCUUCCAUCUUUCAUGGCAAUUAAUGUUUUUUAGAACAGUAGAACAUUUGGCAUUGAAUGAAAUGUGGCCAAUGCUCUCCUUGUAUUGUUUGCAUUCAGUUUUUUUCAUUUGUGAAGUCAUAGGUAACGGAUCCUGGAUUACCCUGGAAAACUUCCCCAUAUGCUGUUGAUUUUCAGGGUGUUUCAAUCUGCUUACCUGACUAUUUUUCCUUUUCGGUUUCUUGCGCUAAUCUUGUCCUGCCCUUGCUUGUUUGAAUAAAUUCUACAGAGCUUA